CACUAAUCAUCAUCACUCAAGGAAUUCACGCGAAUUCGUUUUAAUCAUAAUCUCAGACAAUUUGAGGAAUACAAGGAGAAUAAGACGAAUUUCUUGUCAUUUUGAUGGCAGGUGCCCUGGUAACUGAUAGUAUGAAGAAGGGGACGUCACUUCAAGCGCUAUGUUGAUCCCAGCAGCCCUCCUAUCCAGAGAUGCUCACCAGCUCAGACAAAUCUCUAUCUCUGAUGCCCGACCACUGUGCCCCAGCGGGUUUGACUUCCGGGCCCAAAGGCAGCACAUCCAGUAGGGGGAUGCACGGCACCCGCUCCUCCCUCUCUCUCCCUGAGCCAGAGCCAUGGCGCCGGACCCCCAGCCCAGGCACCACCCGUCAAGGGGGCCUUGUCCAGGAGUCCCGCUCCUGCUCCUUGCAGGUUCCCCACUCCGGCCUGGAGACCCUGGAUCUACCCCCGCGUGCGGCCAGCUUCGAUGUCCCUUACAGGGUGGAAGAGGCAGGGUCGGACACAGGCUCAGGGUCUGUGAGCCCCUGUAGUAUGCAGAGGAGACGAGGUGGCAUCGUGGAUCAGAGAGAUGUGAUCAGGGCCCACGAGUCACACAAGAUGCAGAGCACACCACAGGCCCGCAGGAAAGACUGGGAAAUGGCUCGGUUUGGAGAUGAGGUUCAGAUGACGAUGGAUUCCCGAGACUCCGGGGACCCGGAGCGCGGGGAGGACGGCGGGGACACGGCUUCAGGUACAGGGUCAGGGACGCUAAAACAAACCAAAGCGGCGAGGGCGCGCACCAUGGCUCUCUACAACCCUAUACCCCACCGGCAGAACUGCCUCACUGUCAACAGGUCGCUCUUCAUAUUCGCCGAGGACAAUUUAAUUCGGAAAACCGCCAAGAGGAUCAUAGAAUGGCCACCGUUUGAGUGGGUGAUCCUGGCGACCAUCACGGCCAACUGCAUCGUCCUGGCCCUGGAGCAACAUCUUCCUGGGGAGGACAAGACCCCCAUGGCCAAAAGACUGGAGUGUACUGAGCCUUACUUCAUUGGGAUCUUCUGUUUUGAGUUUGGCAUCAAGCUUGUGGCCCUGGGUUUUGUGUUCCAUAAAGGCUCCUACCUGAGGAAUGGAUGGAAUAUCAUGGACUUCAUCGUGGUGGUCAGCGGAAUCCUGGCUACAGCAGGGGCCCACAUGAACAUCCCCGUGGACCUGCGGACUCUGAGGGCGGUGCGAGUCCUGAGGCCUCUCAAACUGGUCUCUGGGAUCCCUAGCUUGCAGAUCGUGCUGAAGUCCAUCAUGAAGGCCAUGGUGCCUCUGCUCCAGAUCGGCCUGCUCUUGUUCUUCGCCAUUCUCAUGUUCGCCAUCAUCGGCCUGGAGUUCUACAGCGGGAAGCUCCACCACACCUGUCUACCUACAGCUGACAUCCUGGAAAAUGAGACGAUGGAUACGACUGAGGUGGAGUUUGCGUGCGGAGUGAGGAAGUGUCCAGAGAAGUACGAUUGUGUCGGGUCAUGGAUCGGCCCCAACGAUGGCAUCACCCAGUUUGACAACAUCCUGUUCGCUGUGCUCACUGUCUUCCAGUGCAUCACCAUGGAGGGAUGGACAGCUGUGCUCUACAAUACCAACGAUGCCUUGGGCUUUAUGUGGAAUUGGAUCUACUUUAUUCCUCUCAUCAUCAUCGGCUCUUUCUUCGUACUCAACCUGGUGUUGGGAGUCCUCUCCGGGGAGUUUGCCAAAGAGAGGGAGCGGGUGGAGAACCGUAGAGCCUUCAUGAAGCUGAGACGCCAACAGCAGGUAGAGAGAGAACUCAACGGAUACAGAGCCUGGAUAGACCGAGCAGAGGAGGUUAUGCUGGCUGAGGAGAACAAGAAGUCGGGGAGAUCUGCUUUAGAUGUGCUGAAGCGGGCCACCAGUAAAAAUGCUAAGCGUAGAGGAGGUCCUGGGGAUGCGGAGAUCUCCACUAUAGGAGCACCUCGUAUGCGGAUCCGUACAGUGCGGCGUGGCCCGGUGGCGUACAUGCGUCGUAAGGAGCGUAUGCUGCGUAUCUCCCUGCGGCGCAUGGUGAAGACAGACACCUUCUACUGGACUGUCCUCAGCCUGGUGUUUCUCAACACCAUAUGUGUGGCCAUUGUCCACCAUAACCAGCCAGACUGGCUCUCCACCUUCCUGUACUAUGCAGAGUUUGUUUUCCUGGGGCUCUUCUUGGCAGAGAUGUUCUUAAAGAUGUACGGCCUGGGAUUCCGCCUCUAUUUCCACUCCUCAUUCAACUGCUUCGACUGCGGAGUGAUAGUUGGCAGCAUCUUUGAGGUGGUGUGGGGCUUCUUCCGGCCUGGCAUGUCCUUUGGCAUCAGCGUCCUGAGGGCACUGAGACUCCUGAGGAUCUUUAAGAUCACCAAGUACUGGGCAUCACUGAGGAACCUAGUGGUGUCUCUCAUGAGUUCCAUGAAGUCCAUCAUUAGUCUGCUCUUUCUCCUCUUCCUCUUCAUUGUUGUUUUCGCCCUGCUGGGCAUGCAACUCUUUGGGGGCAGGUUCAUCUUUGAAGAUUACACUCCUACCAACUUUGACACGUUUCCAGCUGCCAUCAUGACAGUGUUCCAGAUCCUGACUGGUGAGGACUGGAAUGAGGUGAUGUACAAUGGGAUCCGCUCACAAGGAGGAGUGCAGUACGGAAUGUGGUCCUCCAUAUACUUCAUAGUGCUCACCCUGUUUGGGAACUAUACACUGCUCAAUGUCUUCUUGGCCAUCGCUGUGGAUAACCUUGCCAACGCACAGGAACUCACCAAGGACGAAGAGGAGGAAGAGGAGUUUUUCAAUGCAAGAUACGCCAGAGGCACAGAUGGCCCGAUGUCUGAGAGGAGGAGGCGGCCCUACCUCCGCAGGAAGAAGGCCAUCCACAGGGGCCGUAUGGCCGUCCCCGAGGAGGAGGAGGAGAGCACUGCUGGGGGCGGAGCCGACCAACCCCCCAAUGGCACCAAUGCCUUCUCCAACCGCCGUGACCGACGGAGGAGGGGGGGAGGAGGAGGAAGAGGAGGAAGGUCAGUGUGGGAGCAGAGGGCCAACCAGCUACGCAAGCGGCGCCAGAUGGAGAGCCAGGAGGUCCUAUUCGGAGGCAGCCCCACCGAGGACACCACUGACACCCCUACCACCGCCUACCGCGCUCCCACCCUUUCCCCAGACGCCAGCCCCGGUCACCUGCCCGAGUCACCCAUGUCCGGGAUCAUACCCAUGCCUGAACCCCCGAUGUCCAUCGCCAUCCCACUACCGGAACCCCCAGACUCGGAGCCUGUGCCUCUGUUUACGUUAGCUGAGGAGAGAGCGGUGAACCAUCGCCCCACCGGUGGGGAAAGGAGGCACAGGGUGGCCCGGAAAUCCAGACCUGGCCCUGGGGGGGCGGAGGAGGGAGGGACGGCGCGGCAUAGGAGGCACCGUCACCGUGAAGCCCGGGCUGAGGCCAAGAGCAGAGAGUCCCCACAUGAGGAGGUCAGUGAAUCAGGCAGCCGCGAGAGGAAGAUAUUGGAAGAGAGGGAGGAGAAGGAGGAGAAAGACGAGAAGGAGGUCAAAGGAGAGUUCGCUGAGGUGGAGGGAGGAGUGUCAGGCAAGGAUGAAGGAGGAGCCCUUAUUAUUAACUUAGAGAGUGAAGAAGAGCAUCUGAGGGUGUGUAUUGCAGACAUCCCUGAGCCUCCCCUAUGUGAUAACUUCCCUGAGUACCUACCCCCACCCCUGCUGGAACCUCCACCCCAGAUGGAGGAGGGUGAGGUGGGGGAGACUGGGCAGUGUGAGCCCUUGUCCCAGGACCCUCCAGUGGAGCCAGCCCCAGAGCAGUUCGCAGACCCCUCAGAGCUCCAGGCAGCAGCAGUGGUCAGUGACUCAGAGAACAACCAAGCCUCCCUGAACCUUGAGGAGGGUAAGGAGUCUGAGCAAGGCCCAGACAGCCAGACCAGUGUGAUCAUAGAGAUGUCUGGAGCACAGCCACUGCUGGAGGUCACCCCCAUGACAGCUUUACACAGCAGCAAGGAGGUGGAGAUGUACCAUCAUGAAAGGAAGGAGAAGAAGGAGGAGGAGGAGUCGCAGGUGGAGAAGGAGGAGGAGGAGGAGGAGGCUAGCCCGCCCAAACCUGUACCUCCUGGCAGCAUGUUCCUCUUCAAGGCCUCCAACCCGAUCAGGAGGAUCUGUCACUAUGUGGUGACCAUGCGCUACUUUGAGAUGACCAUCUUGCUGGUGAUCGUGGCUAGCAGCAUCGCUCUGGCUGCUGAAGACCCUGUGUGCACCAACUCUGACAGAAACAGGGUUCUCCGUUACUUUGAUUACGUCUUUACUGGAGUCUUCACGUUUGAAAUGAUUAUAAAGAUGACUGACCUGGGACUGCUUCUUCAUGAUGGCUCCUACUUCCGUGACCUGUGGAACAUUCUGGACUUCAUCGUGGUGGUGGGAGCUCUAAUCGCCUUCGCUCUGACGAACAACAAAGGCAGAGACAUCAAAACCAUCAAGUCCCUCAGGGUUCUGAGAGUCCUACGACCUCUGAAGACCAUCAAGAGACUCCCAAAACUCAAGGCGGUGUUUGACUGUGUGGUCACAUCUUUGAAGAACGUCUUCAACAUCCUCAUCGUCUACCAGCUCUUCAUGUUUAUCUUCGCUGUCAUCGCCGUUCAGCUCUUCAAGGGAAAGUUCUUUUACUGCACUGACAGCUCCAUGGACACAGAGAAGGAGUGCCAAGGUUACUACAUUGACUACGCUCGAGACAAGAAGGAAGUGAAGAAGAGGGAGUGGAAGAGGCAUGAGUUCCACUAUGACAACGUGUGCUGGGCUCUGCUCACUCUCUUCACUGUUUCAACUGGAGAGGGCUGGCCGCAGGUUCUGCAGCACUCUGUGGACGUGACAGAGGAGGACAUGGGUCCAAGUCGGGGCAACAGGAUGGAGAUGUCCAUCUUUUACGUUGUCUACUUUGUGGUCUUCCCUUUCUUCUUUGUCAACAUCUUCGUCGCUCUCAUCAUCAUUACCUUCCAGGAACAGGGUGAUAAGAUGAUGGAGGAGUGUAGCUUGGAGAAGAACGAGAGGGCAUGCAUUGACUUUACCAUCAGUGCCAAGCCCCUGACCCGCUACAUGCCCCAGAACAGACAGACCUUCCAAUACCGACUGUGGCACUUUGUGGCGUCACCAUCGUUUGAGUACACAGUGAUGGUCAUGAUCGCCCUCAACACUGUGGUGCUCAUGAUGAAGUACUACUCAGCUCCAGCAGCGUAUGACACGGUACUGAAGCACCUGAACACAGCCUUCACCGUUCUCUUCUCCCUGGAGUGUAUCCUCAAGAUCAUGGCCUUUGGUUUUGUGAACUAUUUUCGAGACACUUGGAACAUUUUUGACUUCAUCACUGUGCUCGGCAGCAUCACUGAGAUCAUUGUGGAUUUACAGUCAAUAAACACAUUCAAUAUGAGUUUCCUGAAGCUGUUCCGGGCUGCCAGACUGAUCAAACUGUUGAGGCAGGGCUACACCAUACGAAUCCUGCUCUGGACCUUUGUACAAUCCUUCAAGGCUCUUCCUUAUGUUUGUCUGCUCAUCGCCAUGCUGUUCUUCAUCUAUGCCAUCAUUGGGAUGCAGGUGUUUGGAAACAUCAAAUUGAACGAUGAAAACCAUAUCAACCAGCACAACAACUUCAAGACCUUCUCCGGUGCACUGAUGCUUCUCUUCAGGAGUGCGACGGGGGAGUCAUGGCAGGAGAUCAUGCUAUCGUGUCUGGGGGGGCAGGAGUGUGAGCCAGACUCCUCCAUGGCACCCAUGACCAUGUCCCCUGACCACGAGGGAGGCUGUGGUACUGACUUUGCCUACUGCUACUUUGUCUCCUUCAUCUUCUUCAGCUCUUUCCUGAUGCUGAAUCUGUUUGUGGCUGUGAUCAUGGAUAACUUUGAGUAUCUGACCAGAGACUCUUCCAUCCUGGGUCCUCAUCACCUGGAUGAGUUUGUCCGUGUCUGGGGAGAGUACGACCGUGCAGCAUGUGGGCGUAUACAUUACACUGCCAUGUAUGAGAUGUUGACCCACAUGUCUCCACCCCUGGGCCUGGGGAAGAAAUGCCCCAGAGGUAUGGCCUACAAGAGGCUGGUGUUGAUGAACAUGCCAGUGGAUGAGGACAUGUCAGUCCACUUCACCUCCACCUUGAUGUCUCUCAUCCGCACUGCUCUGGAGAUCAAGAUCGCACGAGGUCAGGGAAUGAGUGGGGAGGACCGAGUAGCUCUGGACACUGAGCUACAGAAGGAGAUCAGUGUGAUAUGGCCGUACCUCCCCCAGAAGACCCUGGAUGUACUGGUGCCCAUCAACAAAGAUUCUGACAUGACAGUAGGUAAGAUAUAUGCCUCCAUGAUGAUCAUGGACUACUUCAAACAGAACAAAGCCAAGAAGCUGAGAGCACAGCUGGAAGCACAGAAGGCCAGUCUGAUGCCGUUCCAGCGGCUGGAUGCCUCGACCCUCUCUGAAGACAUUCUGUCCAAUGCUCAGCCCCUGCCCUGCAUGCCCCACAGUGCUGGCUCCGCCCUGACCAGAGGAGGCCUGGUGGCAUUGAGUCCUCUCUCCCCCCAGGACCUGCUCAACAUGCAGCCCCAGACCUCUGACACGGACACCAGAAGCCAACACUCCAGGACCGAGAUGGCCAGUGGCUCUAUGAAGCGGUCCUCGUCCGCUGUGGCUGACCAGAGGGUGAAUGGCCUGAGGCAGGAGGAGAAGAAGAGUCCUGAUAGACUGUACAGACCACGCCACAAGAGCUACAAGGCUGCUGUGUCGCGGUCAGAAAGGAAGAGGCAGUUGGAUACGGAGAAGGAGCGCGGGAGGUCUAAAGAGCGCCGCCACCUCCUCUCCCCAGACACGUCCCGCUGUACCUCCGAGGAGAGGAGCCUGCAACCCUCACGCUCCCCUAGCCGUGAGCGCACACACCCCCUGGACAAACAGGGCAACAGCUCCGACAGCCCCCUCCCCACCUCUGAAUCUAGUACCCCUAGCCGCCGCCCUCUGUCCCAGACCUCAACACGCUCCCAUCCCCACAUCUCCUACUCUCCUCUGGUGUGUCGCACGCACCCUCCCUCAGGGGACGAUGAUGACGACAGGGGCAGCCCAGAGACUCAGAGGAGAGGGGAAGCCUCCAGAGACCGGGCAGGGGGAGAGGGACAGAGUGGGGCGAGGGGCCGUCGCCACCAGCAGGGCUCUCCCCUGCGUCGCUACCCGUCGGAGCCCUACCUGGCCCUGCAGGAGGACGAGCACAGUCUGGACCCCACCGGGUUCAUGGAGACGCUGACUUUCGAGGCGGCGGUAGCCACCAGCCUGGGACGUGCUAACACGGUCAGCUCCACAUCCAGCUCCAGCUUCAGCUCCGCUCGACGGGGUUCCAGGAGCAGCUGGCAGGUCCCCAAUGGACACUUCCGGAAACGCCUGGCUCAGACGGUCUCUGUUGCGGGCUGUGAGCCACUCAGCGACACAGAAGAGGACGAUCGUUGCUAGGAAGAGGAAGAAGUGGAGGCGGAGGAGCGGUGAAGAAGGAGCGUAGGGAGUAAAGAGUUAAAGUUGUAUUACAUUAUAUUGGAAAAGGGACAUUUGUCACUCUCUUGCUUUACUACUGCACACCUGUGUGAUUGUAGUAUGUUUGCUCAAAUGUGAGAGGAGAACAAAAAAUAAGAACAUUGUUUUUGACUUUUGCAAGUGGAAUCCCUUUCAAAUCCACACAAAAAAUGUACAAUAAAUAUCUACCCACAAAUAUUUGACUGUGGUUCAUUUAUAUUCUGACUAUCAAAAUAAAGAGCGUAAUAAUAAACCUCAAAUAGCCUUGGAUGGACAGAAAAGAGAUUAAAUGAAUAGAAUUGUAAUUUGUGUCAAUAGGUAUUGUCAUAUCUGAAGGUGUUUCUCUGGCAUUGAUUCAGUGUUGCUCUUAACGGGGUGUGUGUGGUGUGAAUAUGUAACUAUGUGCAAAAUAAGGAGUAACAAUGUCUUUGAAAGCCAUGGUUUUUGUAAAUACAUGUGGGGUUUUUUCCUAUAAAUUUACCACCAGUACCACUUGAUUGUCUUGAGUAGGAUACAUGGCCAUAAAGAAGGGUAACUGUAAAAGUACUUUAUAAAUUAAUGAAAUGUAGUCAUGUCUAUGUAACAAAAUACACCCAAACAAUAAUUAAUCAAGCAAUGUUUUUUCAAAUUUGAGUAGAACUGAGUUAGUUUUUGACAUGUUGCACCCUCCACCAUUAUAUUUCCUAUCCCUUUACUGUCUACAAAGGGAACAUAGUUCUUUAAUAAGAAUCUAUUCAUACGUAAACCAUGUAACUCCUGUUGUAAUUUUUUAAAGGAAUAAAACAAUCAUUAAUACAAGCAGAAAAGUGAAUGGCACAUUGUCUUCUGUUGGAAAUCUGUAUGAUUUCUUCUUUUUUUUAACCAACUUGCAGGACAAUGGACAGCAACCAACAAGGUCAAUGAAUGUAAUUGCUUUCAAUAAAAUUAUACAUUAUUUCUCAGAAAAGGAAUGCCUAAAUAUCUUGUGUGAUUUGAAAGAUAGGGCUUUGUUAUGAACAGGACUCUAGAGAACCAAAUGACUAAGACUAUACCCAGAAGAUGGCUUCUAUCCAAACCUUUAUUAAGCCAAUAGGAAAACCAGCAGAACCUGUGGCUGUCUUGAACCGACCUUCAUCUUGUCGAUGUACUGUACUGUACCUGUUUUUCUUCAGAUGUUACAAUAUUUUUUUUAAACAUUUGACUGAUUCAUUCCUUCUCAUCUUCCGGAGUCAAUAACUGGCCAGAAACAAUAAUGAACUUGAGUAUUUUCUUCAUCAAUGUAGCCAUCCAUGUUCUCCUCUUCUUCAUUAGCCUAACAUGUAAUCAGUAUGUGUCAGAUACCUCACUACAACUGUAUAUUUUCUACCUAGAUUGGUUUAUUAAAAUACUGUAUGAGCCAUUACAGACGACACAUGUAGGAAGAUGUUUUCAACACACCUGAUUUUACCUGUUAUUUAGAAUGGUUUACUAAUAAUGUACAGUACAUUUAUACCAUGCUUUCUGCAAUAUUGUAAGAGAACAUAUCCCUUUCAGCUCACAACACACUUGAAGGACGGAAUAGGAUAUUUCUGGAAUGUUCAUGUAAGGUACAUGUAUAUGUAUUUGUUUUAUUUGCCUGAAAAAGGGUCAUGAUUCUGUGAAACUCACUUAACCAAAAAACAGAAAUGUAUAAUAAGUUCCUUGAAUGCAAAUAGUUGUUUAGUUUAUAUGUGUAAAAGAGCUGUAUAUACAGUAUGAAUAAAAGUUUC